AUGGCCGAUGUCACGCUUUUCAAAAAAGUCGCGUCUCCCGGAAAUUUCUCAUACAUCGAUCGUCCGCUUGCGAAUCCGCGAAAGCAGGCUAUUCGACCAUUUGUUUGUUGGCAAUGUCUCGCACAUAUUCAUCAAGCUUCAGGGGGCAGUCGAAACGCACGACGGCCCGUCAGGUCGGGCUCGGGGCCAUCAUUACCACGAACUCGCCGAAUCUGGGGGGACAUUUCACAUCGGCCUCUUGAAGAUGCUAUUGCUCGUCCAGCAGCCGUUGUACCCACCGCCGCCGACAUCUUUUCCAAACUACGACUACCCGAAGGGUCAGACACGAGGGAUCGCUUAAAGCAAUGGGAGAUCGAUCACCUACCUAGCUUUGCUCCUGUAAUACAUGAAAACGAUAGCCCAACAACUGAAGUUAUAUCAAACACUGUAGCGCGGCCGCCUUCAAACAACGAAGUAGAGGUUGCUGAUGAAGAUGGCGGAGAUGCUAUACCUCGCUUCGAUGAAGAUGAUCUCGUUGAUAUUGGCACAGGUCGAAUGUUUCUACUUCCCGGAGAUCUUGUAGAACUUUCGUUUACGAGCACUCGCCAGCCAGAACUUGCCAUUUUUAUCCGGGACGUCGGGCAGCAUGGUCAAUUCUAUACUAUGACAGGCCGAUGGGCAAGCCUUCGAAGCAGCGUAACGAAAUUCUUUGUCCCGGGCUUUGUGCAACCCAACGCAAUUGAUGAAAUACUCCCUUACCUGCCGGACCCCUCGGCCGUUUCCGCAGAUAUGGUGGACAGACUACACCCGUUCAGUGACGCGCUUCCUAGAAACAUUGGAAAGGGUCUUCUUCGUAAGAUGCAAGAUUUUUGGGAAGAAGCAGACAGGGCCUAUCUCAAAAUGGCUCCGCAGCUGGAAAAUGUUCAUAAGCGCAUCGCCGAUGAGCUUCGGCCCCGCCAUGCGAGCCUUGAGGCUAUUGCGGAUAUGUUAUAUGGACCAGCGUUAUUGAAGGAUGAUCAUGGUAAUUUCGCCAAGCCUAUCCUUUAUGCGAUACAUCGGCGCCUUAUGCUCAGUGACGUCGGGAUUCGAGUUCCUCCGAAGGGGACCUUACGUGCAGGAGGCGAAUAUGAGAUUCUUCCGCAUAUUGAAGUAAAGGAGGUUAAUAGGGUUGUUGAUCACGUCCGCAUGUACAUCGCGGGGAAGGCUGAGAGCGCGCCGUCUAUCACUUUGGGCCCCCUCCGUGGAUUUGUUGUCAAAUGUCGACGUCUAAUUGAUAGUGGCCGAGAGAACCGGCAACUCACCCCUUUUGGAACUAUCGGGCCCUCAUCAAAGUUAGAAGCUACCAGCCAUUAUCGAACAGGUUCAAAGCAAGCUCCAUUUACCGAGAUGGAUAACCUAUUUAUUCGAUUUAUCGAAUCUUGGAGCGCUUUGAAAAGUUUCUCCAAUACAUCACAGCUCCAUAGCAUAGCCUCUGCAAUUCUGCGGGCGGUUGGCCGUUAUGAAGGGAUGGCAUUGGACCAGGAUACGGGAUGGACUCUUUUGCAGGAAAUAGGCGCCAUUCCACCGUGGGGAACUCGAGCCCCCUACGAGCUUAGAAUACCCCACUUUGGGCGAAGGCUUCGACCCAACUUUGAUAGCAAUGCUCAGAAAGACUUCACCGAGGAUAGGCUGGCUUAUAUGCGCAAGGACUGGGGCGAUCUUCCUGUGUUCUGUAUUGACGAUGUCGGUGCUCACGAAAUUGACGACGGUAUCUCGAUAGAAGCGACUGGCGUAGAUGGUGAGUACUGGGUACAUGUUCAUGUUGCUGAUCCAGCAUCACAUAUACACCCGGAAAGUGGAGUUCGAUACUAUGCCGAGGACCAAAUGCAGACGUUCUAUCUGCCAGACCAUGUUCAAUUUAUGAUUGAGCCAGAGUUCGUUGCAUCGAAGCUCAGUCUUGCUCCUGGACGGCCCUGUUUGACAAUUAGCGCCAAGAUAAGUUCGAGUGGGGAUAUUCUUGAUCAAAAAAUAUCACCAGGCACCAUCCACAACGUCGUAUACAUCACUCCAGCCGUUCUUGACGAAGUCACCUCUGGAACCUCGGGGCAGCGCACAAAUUACGAAGCUACUUAUUCGGUCGGUUCAAGUCCUUCAGCAACUAUUCCAUCCAGGCCACUCACCCAAAAAGAUGAACUCUCCACUGCUCAUAAGGAGACGCUUAAAAUACUACAUAGACUUGGAUUUGCCCGUUCCAAAAUUUUGCAGGCCAGAGGUGGUACGUUUAUUGGGAACCAAAAUCAAGAAAUCUCGGUUGAUUUCAACGGAGCCCCUUGGACACCUUCUCCCGCCACCUUCAGUCUUUGCCAUUAUGGCGACCCUACAAUUAAGGUCACAAAGCCCGCUCCAGUCGACCUGCAGCGCUCUAGCCCCGUGCCAUAUCUAAUGUUGCUGGCUGGCGAAGUUGCUGCAAGGUGGUGUUAUAUGCGAGGCAUUCCAAGCAUUUACCGCAUCACCCCGCGUAACCCAGCCAAGGAGAGUCCUACAGACUUUUUUAGCAAUGUGGUCCUCCCAUCACGAGAUGAAGGAGGAAAUAUACCGAUUGAGGUUGCGUCCGAAUAUUUCAACCUGAUUGGGCCGGCCCAACCAUCCACGAUUCCUGGGCCGCAUGUAGCAAUCGGGGCAGAGAUGAUAUCAAGAUGCACAAGCCCUCUGCGCAGAUUCACCGAUUUGCUCGUGCACUGGCAGAUAGAAGCCGCAUUGCGAGAAGAGCAUCGACUAGGUCACUCCCUCAUUGGCAACACAAAGGACAACUUUCUCCCCUUUACGAAAGAAAAGCUUGAUGCGUUAUUGCCUCGCAUCGACACCAGAGAAAGGAAUCUAAAGAUGAUUGAAAAUGACGCACGGAAAGCCUGGUUUGCGCAAUUUCUUGUCCGUGCUUGGCAUUUUAAGGAGGCAGAGAUUCCAUCACCACUUACUGUUGCCGUAAGAAAGAUCAGUGAAUCCAAGACAUUUGCCUUUGGAUUUAUUGAUGAAUUCUUGGCACCUGUCAGGUUCGACAUGCCAAAUUGGCCCGAUGCUAUCCAACCAGGUGAUCUUCUCGAAGCGGAGAUUGAAAACAUCAAUACCGCAUCAGGUCAAGUAGCUGUCAAAAUCCUGCGCCGCAAAGGUGUCUUGGAAAGUGACAAGGAGGCGUAG